CGGCGGCGGCGGCAGUAGUACGCUGUGCUCUCGGUGGCAUCACGGCAAGUGUGAUUAUUACGCGUGUUUCAUACAUAUCGGAACCGCAGUACAGUACGGCAUAAGUACGCAGGUACGACGACAAAGUUACGUCAGCCGGAGUUCCCGUUUCGCUGUCGGGCCGACGAGUUUUACGACGCGCACGUAGAGCGGGAGGACCCUGGCCGCGGAGGGAUUCGCCGCGAGGUAUCCUCGGAGCGGGCGCUCUCUCGUCGACGUGAAGAAUCGUGGGAUCGUAGGUGGGCGGCCGGGAAGAGGUAGAAGAGGAUGAAGGGGAUGCUGGCGCUGGCCGCGCUGCUCGGCGUCCUGUCGGUCUGCCGGGUGCAGGCGGUGUCGGAGAGGCUUGAAUUGGCACCAGCUGGCGGAAGAUCAGAGCCUCAGGUCGCUACCUUAUGUGAACCUGGUGAGGUGUAUCUUGCACAACAUAUGGGAGAGCAGGGUCGAUGGGUCUCCUCGACCGACAAGAAGAGCUGCAUGACGGACAAGCUGGAGAUCCUGGAGUAUUGUAAGAAGGCUUACCCGAAGAGAGACAUCACCAACAUCGUCGAGUCUUCGCACUACGUUCGGGUGAACGGAUGGUGCAAGCCCGGGAGGACCAAGUGCAAGCUCUCCCGAUGGGUCAAGCCCUACAGAUGUUUGGAGGGACCCUUCCAGAGCGACGCACUUCUCGUGCCGGAGGGCUGUCUCUUUGAUCAUCUUCAUAAUCAAACAAAAUGCUGGGAGUCUCACAGAUGGAAUGCCACGGCGGCGGAGACCUGCCGGGAGCGAAACAUGAAUCUGCGUAGCUUCGCGAUGCUGCUGCCGUGCGGCAUAUCUCUGUUCUCCGGCGUCGAGUUUGUAUGCUGCCCGAAACACCUGAAAGAGAACGUGAAGGUAAAGAAGCCGAUCGAUCUGCCCAUACCGAAGAGCGUGGAUGACGAUCUCGAUGAGGACGAGGACGAUAUCGAUGAUGAAGAUGACCUGGACGGUGAUGCUGAGGACGAAGACAACUCUGACGGCGAUCUUGAAGACGUGCUUAGCAAUCAACCGGAUGAGGAGGAAAGCGAGGAGGAGUAUGACGAUCUCGAUGAUUACGACACAACUACCAGUCGACCAUCGACGACCGUUUCCACGACGGAGAAAGCCAAACAGGACGCGACAGCGAUGCCGCUGCCGAUUAGCACGAGCACACAGCAGCCCUCUCAACCGCAGGGUACACCCGAUCCUUAUCUGACGCAUUUCGAUCCACGGUCCGAGCAUCAGAGUUACAAGCAGGCUCAGAUGCGACUUGAGGAGGUGCACAAGGAGAAAGUUACGAAAGUGAUGAAGGAUUGGAGUGAUCUCGAGGAAAGAUAUCAGGACAUCAGGGCUCAUGAUCCCGUCGCCGCGGACGCUUUUAAACGCUGGAUGACGGCGCGAUUCCAGGAGACGGUCGCUGCGCUUGAGGAGAGCGGCGCGGCAGAGAAGCAUCAGUUAAGCGCGAUGCACCAGCAGAGAGUGCAGGAGGCGGUUAAACAAAGGAACGAGGAAGCUAUGUCGUGCUACACUGCGGCUCUUAACGAGACACCGCCGAAUAUGCACCGCAUUCAAAAAUGCCUGCAAAAGCUGCUCAGAGCCCUUCACAAAGACAGGCACCAUACAAUAGCCCAUUACAAGCAUCUCCUCGACAGCAGCUUGGAACAAGCACAGCGGGAGAAGCCAGCCACUCUGGAGCAUCUGGCGGAAAUUGAUAGGAUUACCAAUCAGAGCCUCUUGAUGUUAGAACGAUAUCCAGACCUAAGCGCGAAGAUUGGCCGUCUUAUGGACGAUUACGUUUUGGCCCUCAGGAGUAAAGAUGAAACUCCGGGAUUGCUGCUGGCGAUGACGCGCGAAGCGGAGGCAGCUAUUCUAGACAAGUAUCAAGCCGAUGUCGCUAGCAAACAGCAAGAAAAGGAACAUCAGAAGCAGCUCGAGCGAGCGCGCAAGGAACAACGUAAGGCAGAACGCGGCGAGUUACGCACAGAACAAGAACAACACGAGGAGAGCGACUCAGCAAUCGAUACCAAGGAUAUUCCUCAGCAAUCCGAGCAACCCGCUGCGGUCGCCGCUAUGCAUAAUGAGGGAGUGGUUAGGGCAGCCCACAGCAUGACUCACGAUGUCUCUCACUCCGAGCCAGGUUAUUCUGUAAGACGAGAGUUGAAUCACAGAGAAAGUCGAUCUGUUUACUUCACACUCGCGUUCGCUGGCAUAGCACUCAUGGCGGCAGCAGUUGUUGGCGUUGCGGUAUUCAAGAGGCGCAGCGCAAGAAGCCCGCACAGUCAGGGCUUUAUCGAGGUCGAUCAAGCGGCCACGCCCGAGGAACGACACGUCGCGAAUAUGCAGAUUAAUGGUUACGAGAAUCCUACAUACAAAUAUUUUGAGGUGAAGGAAUAAUUCGGCCGCCGCCUCGAGAGAGUUAUCACAGAUAUUUUAAUUUCUGAAGCUGGUCGCAACCGCGUAUUCGUUCUCGCGUAUUUUCUUCAAGAAUCUCAUAGUAUUUUGUUAGAGUAAGAUAUAUAUAAAUAGUAUGUAUAUCUCUAACCCCCGAGAUUCUUCCGAAGAUCCGGACCACGUACAUCCCGGAAAUGCGCAAAUUCAGAAAACGCGUUUCCUAUCGGCAAAAUCGCAUUUGCGACGAGACUACCGCCGUACACAUAGCGUCCGCUUGUAGACACCACGGUCACGUGUAAUCGCGGUGUAAAUCGAUUUCGCGCGAAGAAUUGACAAUAUAUAUGUAAAAUACAGUUUGUAGCAGGGACACGCUGGAUGGGAAACGAAACGGAUUCUACGGGAGAUAAAAUGACGUAGAAUUCAGCAUAUAUACCUAUGUGCCAUACGAACACGAGUGUUAUACACGCUAUCUUCGGAAGUAUCUCAUAUACACAUCGUUUUUAUUACGUUGUCAUACAUGUCGAUAUAAAAACGCAGGAAGGAGCGCUCGUAUUGUAAAAGUAGAAAACGCCGUUUUUAGACGUACCUCGAUGUUCCUCCGCCUCUACACGUUAUGCACUCGAACCGAAAGCGCCGCGGAUCGAUUAACGACCGGCAUUCGAUGACUGGUCGCUCUCACUCCACGGGGUCGAACGUUCGAACGUUGCUAGAAUGUGUUUACGGACGAUAUAAGCGUCCAGUGAAUGCGUUAUCGUUGCGCUCUUUGCUGUAUUUUUAGGUUCUGAUAUUUUCGGAGGUAAUCAAUGGCAAUAAGACGUAAUGCAGCUUAAGUACUAAACACAAAGAAAAAAAAAUGCGAUAGCGUAGUAGAGCUUGUCACUGAGGGCAGCAUAUAAAAAUAAAAUACUCCGAUUAAUGGCGUAAUCGUUAACGUUAUGCUAAAAUAACCGAGCGCGCGAGCGAGCUACGCGGCACUCUUAAAAUAUCAGAACAUACACGCACACAAGUACAUCGCGCCAUCUCAUCGUUGCACGUUUUCACUUCCUCUAUCUUCGUGAUGCAGCUGUUUUAUUCCCUCCGUCUCCGUUCGAUUCCCACUGCCUGGUUUCUCUCGGUGAUCUUUUUCAGUACUUAACGUCUACUCUUAGAUGAUAAAGAACCUUAAAACGUAAGAAAAUUAAGAAUUAUUGACGUAUCUUUCGGAGUUAAUGACAAUGAGGAAGUAAGAUGUCUCUAUCAUUCCACGCGAAAGUCCAUUUUGUCGAGGUGCUGAGAACGCUAGCAUGGAAAAUGUUCGGCAGCUUCGUUCGAUCUCGCCGAGGAAUGGCGCCUGCGACGCAUCGAACAGGUCACGUCGAUACUGUCGAACAAGAGGAACAGUUUAACCGGAGAUUAUUUUCGAGUGGCAUUAGUACCUCCGACUGUGUCGAGAAAGAACGGAAGAAAGAAAAAGAACGAAGCGGUAGCUGUUGAAAUAAGCAUUUCUUUUUCGUUUCCGCGUUUUGCGUUCUCGGGGGAAAAGGGGGAAAAAAGAUCGUUCAUACAAUAACUAUCUUAGGAUAUUACUAAUUAUAUACGAUGACGACGAUGAUGAUAUAAUAUAUUACACGUUUAAUGCUUAUAUAUUUGUAUAUGGUCAAACGAAAAAAAAAAGGUAGUAGCCAGCACUUUAGCGCCAGGGUCGCGUGGGGAAGCACAGUUCUUUUCUUACUUAUCUUGGAAUACACGUUUUACGCGCUUUUGUCAAACUUAUUUAAACUAUAAAGAGGUUUUGGUGACGCUCGCGAUGCGAUGCGGCGCGACGCAUGUCGCCGUCUGCGAAUACGUUGCCGCGGUCCAUAGAACCAUUUACCGUCCCUACGGCCAUCGGUGGUAGCAUUUUUAACUACUACAAAGACCUUAAAGACACCUCACCCCAUAAAAAAAGAAGACAUUAAAGAUCCGCGCGACGUCUUUACGUCUGAAAGAUUAGCAUAUCUCUGCGACGUCUUUAGCAGAAAAAGCGCUUUUUAGGUGUCUAAGAGAUUAGUACGUUUUUUUCUUCUUUAAAUCGUCUUUACGACGUCUAUCUAUGGCAGCGGUGUGAUAAGAGCGCAGUCAUCGCUAUCGUUGGUGCACCGUUAAUGCACCUUGACACGCUCGGAUCGGUCGAUCAGCCCAACGUAUCGAUACAGCCGGUAAUAUAUGUUUGAAAGAGACGGGAUUUUUAGCUCUCGGCGGCGCGCGAUGGUUACUAUUAUUAUAGAUUACAAUUUAACGCUAAAGAGUCGCUUAUUCUGUCUCUUGUGUGAAAUAACGCUUCACACUGUCCAUGCAUGAAUACAUUACAUUCCCAGUUACGUGCUAAGGUGGUCCUCUUCGAAUUACGCUCACUUUGCUAAGAUUGCAUCAACACCGAUAACCACCGUCAAAUUAGAGCGAUUGAAAGAAAA